AGCACUACAGAAAAAAGGUGGGGAGUACUCAUGGCUGCUGCUUCUGUUCCUCUUGAGAAACAGAGGGAGGCCGUGCAGGGAAUUCUUAUAGAUUUUUGUUUUCGAAUUAUUUUAGAUUUUUGUUUUCACAUACACCCUCAGUGACGCAAGUGGAGAUGAACUCUAAGCGGCCGAAGAUUUGCAGAAGUCGCCACUCAAGCUUGAUUCCUCUGAAUAGAGUCGCGGUUUUCUGGAAUUGCCUUUACUCGGUCUAUGAAUACAUCCAUGGAGCCAAUCGUCCUGAUGCCCUCAGAAGUCGUCGAAAGCCUAAUUUCACGAUUCUCUCCAACUGGAUGCUCAGAGUUCAGAUUGUUCCCAAUAUCGCUUCCGGUCUUGAUUUCAUUCACAAUUCUCCCGGUCUAGGCUUCGAUUUCGUCCACAACCAGAUCCAGCAUCAUCGUCACGGAUCCUCCACUUUACGAGCCAAAAUCUGCCAUUUUGGCACGACGGAGCUGUGCGGCGAGAUCGCGAAGAGGAACUCGGAAUCGGGCAUGGAUGUGGAAUCGAACUGUAAGGAGAUGAAGUUUGAAGGUACCAGAGGAUACAUGGCGCCGGAGUUUCAAUCCACCGGGGCCAUGUCAUAGAAAUCCAACGUGUACGCGUUCGGUGUGGUGGUGCUGGAGGUGGCAUCGGGGACGGAGGCCUUAAAGUACGUUGUGGACAAUGAGAUGGGCGGCUACGCGAAAAUCUCUGUCAUCGAGACGAAGAGGGAGGCGUUUGUUUGACGGUGGACGAACCAGACAGUGGGUUUUUCCUUCAACAAUUUUUUUUUUUCCAUCAAUAUUGGAUAAGAAUGGGGAGAAUAAUUACAAUGUGUAGAAGCAUGGCUUGGGGUAACAU